AUGAGGCAUCCAAAACUCACAGGAAAGACUUUUGGAGAUAUUCGUUCUAUUGUCGAUAGCAAUGACAAGCAACGCUUUACUUUAAUCCAAGAAAUACAGGAAAAUGGCAUGCCUGUAUGGCUGAUACGAGCAAACCAAGGACACUCUAUGGAGGUGAAAGAGUUGGAACUUGAAAAAAUCACGGAUCCAGCACAAAUUCCGGAGGUGAUACAUGGGACCUAUGUACGCUACUGGAAGAAUAUAAGGUCUCAAGGGCUUUCCAAGAUGAAUCGCAAUCAUAUUCAUUGUGCAACCGGACGAUUCGGGGAUUCGGGCGUCAAAAGUGGCAUGAGAAAAAAUUGCGAUCUGUUCAUCUAUAUUAAUGUUGCAAGAGCAAUGGAAGAUGGUAUCGAAUUCUAUCGAUCUGCCAAUGGAGUGAUAUUAACCUCAGGUGUUGGUGGAUUUUUGAAUCCAAAAUACUUUUUAAAGGUCGUAGAUAUGAAUGAGAAUGAUCUAAUCUCUCAGGAU